GUGUAGUUGUCAGCGCCAUCAAUAAAGCUUUCGGUCUGCUAACUUUGCCUUGUGCUCCAAAAACUGCCCUUUUUCGUGAAUAUUCCCACCAAUUCCACUCACUAUGUGGUAAAAGAAGGGCAAGAGACGAGGCAACAGACUUAAAAAUGAUUAGAAUAGCUGUUAGAAAUAUCCCCCAGAUUUGCUGGAGAAAUGCUCCAGUUUUGGGCACGGUUUCGGGGAGAUUUGUUGGCCAGACGCCGCAGCGCAGUCAAGAGACAGGGACACACAUGAUAGGAGCGCAUGAGAAUGCAAGGAAGAGUGGAAUAUUUGGGAAAUUGCGGAAGAAAUUUGGUUGGUCCAAAACUUCAGACAGUAAAUUGCGGAUCUGCAGUUAUCUUCUCUACGAAUCAAUUGUGGAUAAACUGAACUAUUUGGAGUUCUUCCGGAGAUUCGAUCUGCCGGACACGUUCAACUCGUGGUUCCUGGUCACGGAGUUGCAUGUGUGGAUGGUGCUGGUGCGUGCCAUGGGCGAGGGUGCGGAGAAGGGUGAGAAUGGGCGCUUCUUGCGGAACAGCAUCGUGGAGGCGAUGUGGAGUGACGUGAACAUGCGUGCCAGGAAGCUCGAUCCGCGCAAUCCCGCCGGCGCCAAGAAGCAGAUCGGCGCCCUGGCGGAGCAGUUCCAGGCGGCGCUCAUCAACUACGACGAGGGACUCAUGGGGGACGACAAGGUGCUGGCGGGGGCGCUGUGGAGGCGCUUCUUCGAGAAGGAGUGUCCCAGCUUCGAGAUGCUGGAGGCGCUCGUGAAGUAUGUCCGGGAGAACGUGAGAGAGCUGGACAGCCUCUCGCACGACGACUUCGUGCAGAAGCAGCGGAUUCAGUGGCAGAAUGUGGCCAAGGAGUGACGAUAGAAAUGACUAGAAAUUAAAAGUUGUACAUAUUAAGA